AUGGCCGACUUCACCGAAUAUGGCAAUGCCACUGCAGAAUGGCUUGCAGUCACAGACAGCAGACCACCCAUGGACCCCUCUCUCAGCCUCAAAGAAAUGCAGCGUAUCACAAACAUGCACCGAGAAAAUCUCGCAAAACGUGAGCUGGAGAAGUUGGGAAACCCUGAGAUUCACAUGAAGGAUUACACUGUCACUUCAAGAGACGGAUUCCCUCUCGAGGUGCGAACCUAUAGACCACCCUCAUCCGACAACAACGCUCGUCUCCCCGUCUACAUCCACCUUCACGGCGGUGGUUACGUCUUUGGAAACAUUCCUUCCGAGGACGCAAUCUGCACCGCCAUAGCUCUCGGAUCCAACGUCACCGUCGUCAACCUCAACUACCGCCACGCGCCAGACUAUGCAUACCCAACGGCAUGGGACGACACCGAGGAUACCUUCCACUGGGUCCACGACCACAUCGAUGAACUCCUCGGAAUUCCUACUCAGGUCCUAAUAGGCGGUAUCUCUGCAGGUGCUCAGCUCUCAGCAUCCUUGACGUUGCGACAAAACAUGUCUCCAGAUGGCCUUUCACGACCAAAACUUGCGGGACAGGUGUUGAUGAUUCCUGCUCUGGUUCACCCCGAAUGCUACGCGCCUAUUCUUGAACAACUCACGGAUCCUUCGGUGUCAUCUUAUGUUCAGAAUGAGAAUGCUCCGCUUUUGAACAAGGCGGCGGUGGAGAAGUUUACGGGUCUGCUAAAAGUUUCGAACCCAGAUCUUAAGGAUACGCGAUUAAACAUUGGACAUGCUUCUGUUGACGACGUCAAGGGUAUGCCACCUACAACAAUCGGAAUUUCUGGUCUGGAUCCUUUGAGAGAUGAGGCUAUUUUCUAUGGCAAGAAGCUUGUUGAAGCAGGAGUACCUACAGAUAUCCAUCUCUUCAAGGGUCUUCCCCAUGGGUUCCGUCGUUUUGGAGAUCAGUUGUCUGAGAGUAAGAGAUGGGACAAGACGAUGGAGAAUGGUAUCAAGUGGGCACUUUCGAACCCCGCGGCAACUGGCAAGUUUGAUAUCAAGCUUGACUAG